GAGCGGAAGAGUUUCGAGGAGACAAUAUAGGGGAGCCCUAGAUUGCAUUGGAUUGGCUUGAGCAGAUGGACCGGGUACUCAAGAAUUUGAGAGUCCCAGAUGCUGAUCGCUCGGAGUUGGCGUCACAGAUGUUCCGGAAGGGAGCAUAUGAUUGGUGGAAGCGCAUUGACCAGGAUCCACACACGCCCAAGCCAUGGACCUGGGAUCGCUUUGAUCGAGCCUUCACAAAGGAGUACGUCCCCACCCGGUACCGCGAGGAGAGGCGCGAUGAGUUCGUUGCGCUUAAGCAGGAGGGGAUGUCACUGCCUGAACUGAGACAGAAGUUCGACUACCUGUCCCAGUAUGCGACGAGUCUGGUCUCUACUCCGGAGGAUCGUUUGAAUGAGUUCGUCAAGAAGCUACGGCCGGACUUGAGGCCGUACGCAGCGCUGAUCACGACGACAGAUUUUAAUGCGGCGUAUGAUUUGAUUGUGAAGACGGAAAAGAGCUUGGACGAUUUGCUGGCAACCAAGAAGGAGGAUCGAGCGACGAAAGACCCGCGACCCGCGGCCAGCACCGGGCCGAGCGGGAAGAGUUUUGGAUUCGGGGGAAAGAGGUGUCCGUUGUCCGUGCAAGGGAAGCAAUUCCCUGUAGAUUUGAUAGAGCUACCACACAAGAAGUUUGACAUUAUCCUUGGUAUGGAUUGGCUCACCGAGCAUAGAGCAGUGGUCGACUGCAGUUGUCAGACCGUACGGCUGAGAGCCGAGGACGGUAGCGACGUAUCACUCUCCGGGGAGGUGUUCCCCAAGGCUCCCGAGUUCAUAUCGUCCUUGAGCGCGAGGCGCUUGAUUCGCAAGAAGUGCGAGAUGUUCCUGUGUCACGUUCAGGAUAUGCGAAAAGAAUCACCGCGUCAGCAGGACAUCCGUACGGUUUGCGACUUCCCCAAUGUCUUUCCCGAAGACCUACCUGGUUUGCCUCCGCCGAGAGAGGUAGAGUUCUCGAUCAAUCUCAUUCCGGUAGCCGCCGCUCCUCGCCGUCGAGUCCAGCGCCGCCACGCCUCGCCACUGGACGUCGCCUCCCCUACCGGCAUCCGCCAUCAUCGCCGUCGAAUUGCAGCGCCGCCAAUCGCUGCUCAUCGCUGUCGAGCUGCCGCUACGCCACUGUCGCCGGCGUCCGUCACCGUCCCCGCAUCCAGCCGCUGCCCCGGAUUGAUAUCGCCGGCAGAUUAACCUCCACGCCGGAUUGAUUGGUCGAUUUCGUAUUUUGACUCAAUUUGACCCGUUCGUUUGAUUUCGUUGAUUUGUCUUCCGUUCGAGCUAUCGAUUCGAUUUCGGCGUAAUCCAGGUCCGUACUAUGAAGUUAAUAGCAUUUAGAAUAGAUUUAAUGGUUUGGA